CCUUAAUGACGGGAAAACGAACGCAAACCGGUUCGACCCGUACCCUGUCGUCUAGCAAUGUCUCGGACGGUUCCUCUAAGGACCAAGAACGGCUUCUCCCGAUAGCCAAUGUCGGUCGUAUAAUGAAAAAAUCGCUCCCGGGUAAUGCCAAAGUAUCCAAAGAAGCCAAGGAGACGGUCCAGGAAUGUGUGUCGGAGUUCAUUAGCUUCAUCACUGGAGAAGCCGCAGACAAGUGCCAGAGAGAGAAGCGAAAGACGAUCAAUGGGGAUGAUCUGUUAUGGGCCAUGACGACUCUUGGGUUCCAGGAUUACGUUGGUAGUUUGAAAAGUUAUCUUAGUAAGUAUGUCGGAACUUGUGAUUCUUCUUCACAUACUGAUAUUGGUGUUACUGAGAUUGGUUGUGAUGUGUCUGAUUCGACACCUGCACAAUCAAUCUCCCAAGGCUUCAACGAUUUGUAUCAGAUCGUUGGGCAUGGAGAUGAGUUGAUAAGCAUGGUCAAACUACAUGAAGCUAAGACAGUCAUGAUGACUCAAGAUCAAAGAUUCGAGUGGUAGGGAUGUAAAAAUGAUACGAAUUAAUUAAUUAUGAUACGUGUUAUGAUCUAAAAGUAAUAUUAAAGUAUGCAAAAAGCCAAAAACGUGCAAUUUAAGACGAUUUUGAACUGUAUGUUAGUAACAAAAUGACUAGUACGAUGGUUAAAAUUGCACACUGCCUUUCGUGUGUACCU